GAUGGUCCCUCCCUCCGUCACUCCACCCCACCCCAGCAGAGCAACGGAGAAAGAGGGAGGAAGUUUACAGAAUUGAAUUUGCUGAAUCUUCUCAGUCUACUUUUUGUCUUAACUUUCAUUUAGCCUCUAAUCUACAUUCAUCGGUCUCUACUUUUAUGACACCAUCGCAUUAACUGGUGAUUUGUACACUGUCACAACUACGACCGACAGAUCAGUGAGUAUCAGCAGAAAUGGAAGACGGGACUCUACUGCAGAACAUGCGCCAAGCGCCCAAACCAAGUACUCCUGUGCUUGUCAUAUCCAAACUCAUCAUGACUGCCUUGCCAGUCGCCCAGAUCGCAAUAGGUGGUAUGUUCCUGGAGAACUGCCCCCAGCAGCGCUAUAUCCCCAUCUACCUGGUGGUGACGGGGGUGUUUGCCCUGGCCCUGGCUGUCCUGUCCUGCCUACCCUGCACCAGGGAGCAGGAUGAGGGGGAACAGCAGAGCCCUCUCAGCAGCCUUUGUACCGCCUGGAACUCUCUAGUGUCACUAUUCCUCUUCUGCUGGUUCAUAGCAGGCAACGUGUGGAUUUACUCUAUAUUCCCUGCAAACUAUAAUGAAGAAGAAGCUCUCCACUGCAACAAAAACCUGUAUCUGUUUGCCUUCUGGACCACCACCCUGGUAUAUAUCUUUCUGGGCAUGCUCAUGGUUGGGGGCUGCUGUGUGCUUGUCUGCAUGUGUCUGUGUGGUGGAAGGGGGCUCGGCUCGAACAAUGCCGACGUCUGAGGGGGAGGCGAAGGGUGCAUAUCUGGGUUCAAAUAUUAUUUGUUUUCUUGCAAAUGCUUUAGUUGUGCUUAAUUGAGCUUGCCUGACACAUUGGAACCAAUGGAAUGGUCCCAGAAGUACAACCCCUACCCAUCUGGCACUCCAGUCUGCUAAAUCAAACACUGAAAAGUAUUUAAAGAAAACAAUCUUAUUUGAACCCAGAUCUAUUGGGUGGGGAGGGCAUGGGGAUCAGGGCUCUGUUCAGGAGGGAGUUGUGUUUCGGAACAUUCAGAUAUAUUUUGUAGAACAGACAGUUGGAUUGUGUGUCAUGUUUGACACGGAAGCAUUUGUUUUAUUCCUUGAAUUUCUAUAUGCACUGUUUUGAACAUUAAAUGUCAUUGAAUACACCUCUGUUGGGUGGGGAGUGGUCCUAUUCAGGUCCUGGUGCUCAAGGAGGGUUCAACACACACUGCACAUUGCACUAGCAUUGUGAAAAAUUAUUAUCCAUACUACCAUGCCUUCUAACCUUUGGUACUCACAACCUGUCUGUAUGUGUGUCAAAUAAUCUGCUUCAUAUUACCAAAUGUACAUUGUUAAACGCUAAUCUUUCUGUAAUCUCUCUCUGGUCUAUUCUUUACUCUGUAUAUUCCAGCAUAAAUAAAUGUAAUCCAUAAUGUAAUGGCGCCUCCACAUGAAUACGACUGUCGAGAGGAGAAUUUCACCCCGUGGGCGUAAUGUACUGAGAAUAAAGUGACAGUUGUCUUUCUCAGUGUGCUAAAAUAAGAUGUGUCUGGAUGUGCCUCUGCCUUUUCAUUAUAAGGAAAAAUAGUCUAUUUGAAAGAAAUGUUUGCGAUGCAAGUUGUUUUCCUGUGUAACGUAAUGAUUGUGUGUUGAUUAACAGAAACAUUCGUUGACUGAGUAGUAGAUUUAAUAUAUCAUGCAUGUCAUUUGUUCAACAAUACAAAAUCACACUUUUAGCAAAUAAACAUAUUCAACCGCUCUAGUAA